CAUGCACUAACACACACGCUGGGGGUUUUUUGGCGCUAACGCGUUGGUUGGAACAAGCGUCUGCAGCAGUCUGCUAGGCUCGCAGUGAAACACAAAGAACGUAGCUAAGGCAACCAUACCAAGGGCAGAAGGGGAAGUGGAAAGUCUAGUGCAACAAAACGCGUCGAAAUGUCAAUAUGGCGAAAGCCAAGUUUCCAGGUAAACCUCCUAAAACGUCUCAAAUUACUCGUUUGAGAGUCAGUUCGAACGGUAAUGGAAGUGCCAGUGAUCCUUCAAGAUUCGCAGCACAACAGGCAGCUUAUGGUUUGAAAUUGUUCCAUCAACAUUUCGCAGCUGACGAAGAGGAUGAUGAUUUCAUCGGUUUCGAAAAAGUUGGUGACGUCUUCAAACCUCACUCCCAACCUGGAAUCACACGGAAUAAAGCUCUGGGAAAGUGUCAAGCAGAGAAACGAAAACCUCCAGACAUUAUUUCGCAGAAUGCCACCAGCGAGUUACCGUCAAAUGUUGUUGUGAAUGUGUCUGGUUUACCAAUUGUGCUCAGUCAAAAUCAGCCACGAUUAGCUCCAAAGCAAAGUUUGGAGGUGUUACCUGAUAGAACCCCCACAGUGAAUCGAACAAGCGGUGAUUUGAAUUGUGCUCAGCAAAAUCUGAAGUUGGUGGACGGCAGUCGGCUUGACAGAAAGCAACAAGAAAAGUCAUCAAAACAAGUUCAGCCUUUGAAAGCUGUGCCCUCUCACAAGAUUGUUGCUGCUGCAAAAGCAGCUCUAGAAGAAGACAGAAAUGGAAGAAGAGAUUCGAGUGAAGAAAACGAGAAAUGUCGCAAAUCUCGACCGAUUGUUUCAAACAAAACCCAGUGUGCAGUUGGAGAGGAAAGUGCAGACCAAGAGAAAAAUCGAAUCAAAAGGGAAAUUGAGAGGUACACUACAAUCAUGACAACCGAAGUAGUGGAUCCUAAGCUGGCAACUGUAGAAAAGAAGAAAAAUCGAAGGAAACGUAGUCCGAGUGGAGAGGUAGACAAGGCCGAGAAAUUGAGAGACAAGAUUCAACAGCUUUUACGGAAACAAUGGGAAUCUAGACUACAGCUUGUGGAUGUCAAGACUGAAACUGCAGUUCCAUUGGAAAGUAAACCGGAGAUCCAAGAAAGUCGUGCCAGCUCGGUGUCAGUGUCUUCAUCAUCCUCUGAUGAAGAUGUCUUUUACAAGCGUAGGAGGAUGAGCAGCAACAGUAGUAGCAGCAGUAGUGCCCGAAAGAGUAAGAUAAUUCUACGUAAAGCUCGCCUGCAGUUGAAUCAAAAACUACUAAAACAACUGAGACAACCCUCUAGGUUGCAGCAGUUGGUAGAGCCGAAGACGGAACCGGUUGAAUCACCCAAAGUGGUUCAACCCAGUUCUGCAUCAAUUCUUCGACCAGCUCAGCUUGUACUUAAAACUGCAACGAACCCAGUGCCCAGAGUCCCAUCUCUCCCCAAGGAACCGACAAAGUUGCCUAAAGUUCGCAAUCCUCCGCCAGCCAAACCCAACUGCAUUCAAAAGGCAAGUGAUACUACCGUCACCAAUCCUUUGGGAUGCGCGUUUGUGAUGGAGCAGAGCGACACUAAAGGAAUUCCGGGCACAGUCGUUUGCGGUGUCUGUGGUGCCGUCCGUCGCUACUCUUUUAUUCUGCAAGCGCGCAAGUUUGGUACAUUCAGUUGCGAACCUUGUCGAAAGUUCAUCUCGCGCGUGCUUCGCGCCAGGGUGCCUGUCAAGUGCUCCGUUGGGAAUGGGGCUUGUAUAAAUCCUCCGGUUCAUCGGUGGACCACCAACUUCCCCACGGAAGACAAGCCAAAUGGCGAAGUGAUGACGGCCCGCUGCAAAGCCUGCUGGCUGAAACUAGCCCUCACGGGAUUUCAGAUGCGUGAGGCCGACCACGAUGAUCUGCGCAAGCUGCUUCCAUCUUCCAUGCAGGACGCGAUUCCGUUAGCAGUAGACCGCCCAACCGUCAUUCACUGGGCUCCGAAUCGGGGACAAAUGAUCCGGAUGAAGUCAAACUCUUCCUCAACUCCAAAUGUGCCUGCUCCAUCUGCUUUGCCCCCGGCCCCGGCCCCGGCUGCUCCUAAAAUAAAGAAGAAACCCAACACUGCUUCGAAAAAAGCUGAACAUUGUCCUGGUUCUAGAACCAGAGAGAAGAGCGGCAGUGGUAGUGGAGGCUCGGCAACGGAAAUCCAGUCAGGACCCAGGGUAAAACACGUUUGUCGAAGCGCGAUAGUCGCCCGCGCGCAACCUCGGGCGACCUUUGAAGAUGAAGAUUCUGACCGCUCGACCUCCAAGCAGUCGGAUUUGCCAUGCGAUUGCUGUUCUUUGCCGGAAACGGGGCCUCUCAAACCCACCGCUUUCGACAUUGUGCCGACACUGGCUAACGGACCUGGUGCCGUUAAAAAUUCUUCCAAACUUCCUCGGUCAACGGACCGAAAAAACUCUUUGAGCUCCCCGGCCAUGCCUCUAACCACUUCUCUGGGGGAGCGAUCUCGCGUCACCUUUCGCGAUGACGUCAAAUUGAGCUCCAACCAACGUGUCGGACUCAUGACAUCUGCUGUUCGGGCUUGGCAACAGCAGGAUCUCUGCCGAACUAAAAAUUCUCAAUUUCGUAGUAUGACGUCCAGUUCGGCAGGGCGUAAAGCAGCGAAGCCUUCACCGAAGGGUGUACUGUUGCCGGAUCUUUGGGAGCACUACGAUGCGGAUCGUGUGUGGGAUCAAGGAUUUGCCAUGUGUUGCUCUCGUCUUGGCAUGACAUCACCUUUGUGUUACCUGUGCGGAAGCGCAGGAAGAAAUGAACUAGUCUGCUGUUCCAGUUGCUGUGAAUCGUUUCAUCCGUUUUGUGUGGCCGACAGCGCUCCUCUGUCAGUUUCCGUUCGCCCCGAUUGUCAUCACUGGGACAGGGAAGCGGUGGCUGGUCGAAUUCUGGACGACGGAAUCGAAUCUCGUUCCGUUGUUGAGAAGGGCGAGGCGGCCAUUUCUGUCAUCACGAACGCUGCUGGAACACCUUGGAUCUGUUUGAAUUGCGUCGUGUGCCAAAUUUGCUGUUCCAGUUCAGGAGAACGGAUGAUCUGUUCCAGUUGUUCGCAUGCCUAUCACUGGUCUUGCCUCGGGCCAGCACAUCCAUCCAGUAAGAGGAAACGGAGAGACAAAUGGCAGUGCUUCGCCUGUUCCCUUGUUGAGGAGAAAUUCUGUCCCUUGUGCUUCAAAUGCCAUACGAGUCACCAGAUGAAGAUGGAGUGCAACUGCUGUGGAACGUGGGUCCAUGCAGAAUGCGAAGAACUUUCUGGCGAAGAUUUUCGCUUGCUUUGCAAUACGAAAAGCAUUGAAUACAUCUGUAGUCUUUGCUGCCCAGAGAAAAACUGGAAAAUUGCUAUAUCUGACAAGCUAAGCAUGACAGAAUCCAACAUUCUUUCCGUCGUGUCCUGGAUGGAAUCUAAACAACAACAAAAAGUUCUCCGACCAAAAAUCUCCGUCACAGCCAAGGUGGAAUACGAUGCGGAAUCCGACAGCCGUCUGUGCGCAUUGUGUCACGGACGAGGCGAAGGCGCAACAGCUGCCGAAGGCCGUCUGUUGUACUGUGGCAGUGAUAUUUGGUGUCACAUCAACUGUGCACUAUGGUCCAACGAAGUUUUUGAAGAAGUGGAUGGAGCGCUGCAAAAUGUUUUCGACGCUCUGGCCAGGGGUAGCGGUUCCCGCUGCAAACACUGUAAUGCCAAAGGAGCAACAGUCAAUUGUUGUGUUCGUGGUUGCCAAGUUUCUUUGCAUUUCCCGUGUUCACUACAACCAGAAACGGAAGUGACCCUGUUGGAGGGUAAGCGCCUCAUUUGUCGCCAUCAUGCGAAAGAGCAGGCCAAUAAAAACCUCGUACCUCAUCCGCCAAGCUUUGAAGUGGCUCGCUGCGUCUAUGUCGACCUUGGUGCUGAAUCGAAAAGGAUCAAACCAGUUGCUCCUCGUGAUAUUCGAAUUGUUAUUGGAUCUCUCGCCAUCUCAUCUAUUGGGCAGCUACGAACUGACGUUUCGGGUGGAUCGAACCAGCUGACACCCGUCGGUUUCGAAUGUCAAAGAAGAUACUGGUCUGUCAAAGAACCGUGGAAAGUUGUUUCCUACACAUUGAGGACGAUUUAUGUUCCGAGCUCAGUUGACGGCAAAGAUUUGGAAACAAACGUCACUGUGAGUCACGAGGAAGAUGAUGUCAUCAUGGCGGAAUCGGGCUUGAAUUUGGCCGAACUGGAUACUCAGGACGAUCGCGAAUUAAUCCACAUGGUGUUGGAAGAUGCCAAUUUCGAGCAAGAGUUGGAGGGUGGACCUAAUGCCAGUGUGUCAAUGAGCACACCCAACGAGUUGAGAGAUUCCGGAUUUUAUUCCGACGCCGGUGAAGUGUCACCCAGUCCUACUGAGGACAACGCCCUCGAAGCAUGGUUGGCCGAUCCAGAACACGCCGUCAUCUUCCUGGAUUCAGCCUUGUUGGCUUCGCUCGACAUAGAAUCAGACACAGCUCUUCCCAAGCCUACAACAUCUGGUGCCUCGGUCGACGAUUCACGUAAUCAGUCGAGCAACAAUUAUCCACAAUCGCCUGAAGUCAACACUCCUCCUAAGCGGAACUUAAGAAACAGGCGUCUUAGUUACACGCAAUGGAAAAAGAUGCGGUUACAAAAUCGUAAAAAUAAAGAAACAACAAAAUCAACGACUGUCAAAUCGACCAGUAUUCCGUCUGCAGAAAGACCAAUGAAUUUAGAUUGGAAUGGCAACGAGUCUGAAUGGAAUAGCGUCGCCAGUAACAAUCUAUUGGCCAGCAUCAAAGUCUCGCCACUUUCUCCCAAUGCCACCAUAAAAAAGGUGAACGCUGACGUACCUUGGCGUCGGAAAGGCUCGCCAGGUAACAUUCUCCAGCUGGACGGAGCAGGCGAUUCUUCUGAUACGGAACCUGAGAAAGCAGUUGUUGUCAAACAAGAAAACAUAAUCGAUGAGCACCCAGUGAAAUGCCGUCGCUGCCGACGAUCCUACCGUACGCUGCAGAGCUUCAACAAGCACGUGGAGAGUUGCGUUGAAAUGCUGAGUAGUAGUAGUGGCAGCGAGGAGGAAAGUGAAGAAGACAUCAUCCCAGUGAAACCGAAACUCGAACCAGUGGAACCCGAUGCUCACAUACCGAUCCCUAUUCAAUUUCAGCCUAAAGAAGAACCAUUGGAUCAUGUGGCAGAGGUUAUUGAGCCUCAGCCAGAACAUGAUCUAAUUCAAGUUCCUGUUGUCAACUCAUCCUCACAAGCCAAGCCCGCCGAACCCACGGAAUGCGGUCCCAAACCCUCUGCAUCUGUUAGUCAACCAACGCCUUCCAAAACUCAAGGAAACGUCAAAUCUCGCUACCAAAAACGGAAAUUCCGACCGAAUGUCAGCGUCAUUCCUCCUAGAACGUUGGCGAUCCGACAGCCUCAUCCUCCCGCUCCUCCGCAGAACGUUCGUUUUACCGUCCCAGCUCCAUCACCGAUACCAGCAGCCUAUCAGAUGGCGCUGCAGUCUCCUCCUCCGCCAGUAUUGUACGUCACACGGCCGGAACUCAAUCCAUCCAGUUCAACUUUGCAGUGUGGCUUCAUCUCACAGCCUCCAAUAACUGUAUCUCAACAUCAUUACAUCAUCAUGCCAUCGUCAAUGGAGCACACAUUCGUUCAAGCCAAUUCUUGCUCUGUUCCCACAUUGUCCUCAUCCGGUUUAACCUUGACUCACCAUACGUCAAGCCCCAUGGUGCAGUACUUGGGAGCAGUACCGUCACACCUGCUGUCGUCUUUGGGGAUCAUGACGACUAAUAUGAGUGUUACCAAUUACACUACCGUUCCAAAUCUGUCUACUCUGUUGCAGAGUCAACCGUUACAGGCAUGGGAACCUGCUAAUCAGAUCGUUAUCCUUCCUCAGCAGCCUGUACUGUCAUUCAACUUGCCCUCGGUAUCGCUACAAUCUGCUCCGCAAUUAUCCCCAGCCAUUGCGACUAUCCAGUUAUCUCCAGCAGUAGCCAAGGAGCCAAGUCCAAUUGUGGUGAAGAAGAAUACGUCCCCCAAGGCAGCUAGUGAAACGACUCCAGUGAAGAGUGUUGUGGAACCUAAAGAAACGGUUCCAAAACAAGAUUCUCCCAGGCCUCAAGAAAAUACCAAGCCGGAAAAUACAAGAGUGGAAGUAUUGAAAGAGGAAGAAAAGAAAUCCGACAUUCCUCUGAACAAUAACACCUUAGAAGAGGGAUUGGUUGACUCGAUUACGGAGGGUAAGCCUCCCAAACCGACCUAUAGCUACCGUUCGGCUAUGGGUGGUAAGAAACCCUCUCGCACCAUUACACCCGUGGGAAAUGAGGAGAAAGAUGAUCAACCGUCGAUUGUCCAGCAGCUAAAGGUGGUGGCCCAUCCUAGCGCACCUGAUAAGGCAACUCGCACCUUCCACUUGAAAGCGUCGUCCGACGAACAAGAAAGGCUUUCCAUUACCGAAGAAAUGGUGGAGAUGGUAGCCUCUAGAUUGACCGAAGCAGCAGUGCCAGAAAUAUCCGACAAGCUUGCUGAUAUCAGCGAUGUUUUUGCAACUCCACCGGCUUCUUCGGAACCGCCAAUUCUCCCAUCGGACAUGGAUGUUGAAUCCGUCUCUUGGCCGAUCAUCGACUCAACUCUGUCGACGGAAGAAGCACAGCCUCAGCCCCAAGCCGAACCGGAAAUUAGGAAGAAGAAAGAAGCUCACAUCCUUUACGAACUCGUUUCAGACGACGGUUUCUACGCCCAGUCGAAUUCCCUUUCGACCGUUUGGCAAAAGCUGUUGGAUGCUGUCCAGGAUGCCAGAUUGGCGUUCAAGAUGGAGCCGCUUUACAACGGCUGUUUGAAAAGUGUCGAAGAUCGUAAUCUCCAUCUGACUGGCUUACACCACCAUGCCAUCAUCAAUUUACUGGAGCAGCUACCCAAUGCCGAUUGUUUCCCCGACUACACUUUUCGCUAUCGCGCUCACAGAGAUCGCGAAUCAGCCGAGAAAUUGAUUACGGGGUCCAUGUUCGGUUGCGUCCGAGCAGCUCCUUUUAAUGGCAGAGUUCCCUACGACAUGUUUGGCUGGUUGGCCUCCCAAUAUCGUCCCAGACCACAGUUAUCUGUCAGAUCAGUAGUCGAUCCAGAAGGAACUCAGGCGACCGGACGUCGGGUCACUAAUUUCGAGCUGUUACCGAUGACUGUCCGCUUCAAACAUCUGCGCCAAGUAGCCAAGAAUUCCGUUGGCGUUUACCGUUCGCACAUUCAUGGUCGAGGCUUAUUCUGCAAACGAGACAUUGAGUGUGGUGAGAUGGUAGUCGAGUAUGCUGGACAGGUCAUUCGUUCUGUGCUUUGCGAUAAACGGGAGAAAGAAUAUGAGGCUAAAGGAAUGGGCUGCUACAUGUUCCGAAUUGACGAGCAAACGGUGGUCGACGCCACAGUUCACGGGAAUGCGGCCCGGUUCAUCAAUCACUCUUGCGAGCCGAACUGCUACUCUAGAAUUGUGGACAUAUUUGGCAAGAAGCACAUCAUAAUCUUUGCCUUGCGGCGAAUCCUUCGCGGAGAAGAGUUGACGUACGACUACAAAUUCCCACUGGAAGACGUCAAGAUUCGGUGCACCUGUGGCUCGCGCAAGUGCCGGAAAUACCUUAACUGAUCGUCGUGCCCGCUGAACCGUAGCACCAACUCGGUCGGUCUCGACCCCUAGAUGGCAGCUCUAAGUGCUAUGUGUGCGGCGGCGUCCUUUUGAUCAACCAGAGAGAGAGAGAUUGAGGGGGCAGAAUAAGAAAGAAACGAGUCGGAAGCGAUUUCUCUUAUGGCUUUAUCUCUUAUCGUUCUCUCUCUCUCUCUCGUUUCAACCGAAAAGAAAUGCAAAACGCGUUUGUGUCCUCUCCCUCUCUCUGCUUUUCUACUUCUUCCCUUUUUUUUUCAAAAAUAGUAUCUAAUCCUCCCACAUAGAAGAAAAAAGCAUUUUUUUAAACGUUAAAACGAACGAACUUUUUUGACAGCUUUUAUUACUUGUAUAUAUCGCUUGUUUCUUUCGGAUUCAGGUUCAUACCGGUGGAGCCCAAUUUGAAUUGAUAAUCAUAAUGGAUGAUUGUUCGAUUCAAAAUGGGUUCAUGUGUGGAACCGAAAGGAAAUGUGUGCGACAAGAAUGAAAAACUGUGACAUCCAAUAUGAAAUUCUUAUCUCUCUCUGUCUCCCCACCCUCUCAUUAAAGUGUGUGUGCACGAAACGAAGAAAAACAAAAAAGAAAA